AAUUAAAAUUAAACCCACAAUCGAAAUAAAAAGAUUUCUCAUACGUAAGCAGAGACCACAGACACACACACUUUAUGCUUGGCUACAAGGCGUUGAAGCAGAGUGGCCGUGCUGUUAUGUUUAGCUCUCCUUAGUAUAGCAGCAAUAAACAGGAGAUUACGACCUGCGAUCCAGAUUACAAUUACUAACUUGUGUCCUAAUUAAUCAACCCGAUGGACAUCCAACCGAACAGACACGAGGGUUAUCUUCCUUUUCUCUUCUUCUUCUUCUUCUUUUGCGUGGGGAGCGAUUAACACGCGUGCGUCGCUGAUUGGCUCGCCAUGGCUAUAAAUCUCGAGGUCGGUUGCCCCUUGCUGUCCACUGCCUGAGAAGCCGAGACCACUACAAGCAGCAACUAGCUUAGCUAGCUAGCUACUGGUGAUCAGGCACGAGCUAGCCGGCCAUGGCGAGGCGUCGCCAUGCUUGCUUUCUUCUCCUGCUGCCUCUGCUGGUGCUGCAGCUUCUUCUUGCUGGGGGAAGCUUGGUUGAUGAUCUUCCUGCUGCAACUCAUCAGGUGCCGAGGUUAGUAGGGCCACAGCGCAAGUUACAGCAGCUUCCAAACCCAAGGCCACAGCCGCAACCAUUGCCCCAGCCAAACCCAAAUCCACAGCCACAACCACUCCCACAGCCACAGCCACAGCCACAACCACAACCACAACCUCUGCCACAACCGCAGCCGCAACCACAGCCUUUACCGCUACCAGGCCCACAACCAUUACCGCAACCCGGCCCGCAGCCGAACCCAAACCCCCAACCGUUACCACAGCCAAACCCAAAUCCCCAGCCUUUACCUCAGCCAGACCCGAACGCUCCGCCGUUGCCUCUGCCGCAGCCUAACCCAAACAACCCGCAACCUCUGCCGCAGCCAGACCCUAACGCGCCAUCACUACCUCUGCCGCAGCCAGACCCAAACGCGCCACCACUGCCUCUGCCACAACCUGAUCCGAACGCGCCACCACAACCUUUGCCGCAACCAGACCCAAACAACCCUCAACCUUUACCGCAACCUGACCCUAACGCACCACCACAGCCUUUGCCGCAACCAGACCCUAACUCGCCGCCACAGCCUUUGCCGCAACCAGACCCGAACACGCCUCCUGGCCAACAAAUUAAUGCAAAGAUAUCAUCACAGCCGGAUUCUAUUGGUGGAGCCAGAACUUUAUAUCCAUACGGUGUAAUAUACAAUCUCAUGCCAUUGUUUAGCCUAUUCUUCUAUAUGUUUUGAUAGUAAGGAGAGGCUUAUUGUUGUAAAUAAGCGUGCUGAGUUACCAUUUUUAGAUUGCAUGUAUAUACACAUUGCCAUGUUGAUAGGUUUGCUAUGUUAUCUUUUUUUUUUGUUUGAGAUGGAGGUUUGCUAUGUACUGCACUGGCUUGUACCCUGAUAUUUUUGUGUAUGUUAAUACACACCUAUUUACCUCUUUGUGUACA